UAAGACCUGUAUGGUGUGCCUCGCGUCUUACUGUGAAGUGCACUUGAAACUUCACAAUGAAUUGAACCCAGGGAAUAGGCACAGGGUGAUCAAUGUCAUAGGCAAGCUUAAAGACAAGAUCUGCACAAAUCACCACAAACUCAAAGAUGCUUAUUGCUGCGAAGAUCAGAGAAGUGUGUGUGUAGAUUGUAUAAGGUGGAAACACAAUGGACACCAUAUUACCACGAAUCAUGAAGCAAGACAUAAACAGCAAGAGCAGCUAAAUAAUAUACAAAUGAAAGUUAACCAGAGGAUCCAGGAAACAGAAAACACCUUGAAGACACUCCAAAAGGCUAAAGAGGACUUUAAGAAGUCAUCACAGGCUCUGGAGAAAGACAACGAGGAAACCUGUGAAGAACUGAUCAACUACAUAAGGAGACAACAAUCUGUGAUCAGAAACAUGAUUAAAGAAAAAGAGCAGAAAGAAAUACAGAGAUCAGACAGCAUUCAGAAGCAACUUCAGGUGGAGCUUGUUGUGCAUAAAAACAGAGCAGAUGAACUGACGGAGCUUUCAUGGACAGAGGAUGACAUCUACUUCCUCCAGAGAUUGCCUCAACUCUGUGCAUCGUCAGAGUUUCCGGCUCUACCAAAUAUCACAGUUAAUACAUCCGUCUUUGAAGAUAUGAAAAAAUCUGUGUCUAACAUGAAAACUCAAGUAGCACAGCUGUGCAAGCGUGAUAUGAAGAUAUCCAUAACAGACAUCCAGCUAAUUCAGACUUCAGCUCCAGUAAUGAGAGAAGAUUUCCAAAGAUAUCUCCCACCUCUGACAUUGGACCCCAAAACUGUUCAUAAAAAUCUUACCCUGAGUGAUAAUAACAGCACGCUGACAUGGAUAGAUGGUGACAACAACUACCAAUUUACUCCAGAGAGAUUUUCACACUUAGCUCAGGCUCUUUGCAUGCAGGGUUUGAGUAAAUGCAGCUAUUGGGAAGUUGAAUGGGGAGGUACACAGAUCUACAUAGCAGUCGCAUAUAAAGGGGUUGAAAGACAUGGAUGUUCCAGCUGUUUGGGUCUUGGACAUAAUGAAAAGUCUUGGAGUUUGUGCUGUAGCCCUUCCAGGAGCUACGUCUGUCAUAACUAUAAAGAAACUGAUGUUUAUGUAAAAGUCUGCCAAAGAGUUGGAGUUUAUCUGGAUUACGCAGCAGGAACUCUGUCCUUCUACAAUGUCUCAAACACCACAAUGUACCUAAUCCACCAAAUCAGUGGCAAGUUUUCUGAGCCACUGUACCCUGGUUUUUGGGUGUUUGAUGGCUCAUAUGUGAGACUGUGUCAUUUUAGUAAGAAUGUGGCUAUUAAAGAUUUUAAAGAUAAAAGUCAUGUGAAAUGCAAUGUAUUGUCUCAGUUUUACUUUUUACGUGAUAACGACUCAGAUCCGAUAAUACCUGAAGGUAGGGAAUGGAGAUGACCGUUGAAUUGGGAGCUCGCUAGAGAGGCCAAUCUGCUUCGAGUGUAACUAAGAGCCAAUAAACAUUGGCAUGCAGUAUUUGCAUAUGCCGGCAAUGCUCCGCCGGGAGAGUAUAAAAUCCGCCGGCAGCUGAACUGCAUUUCAUUUUUCACUGAGCAGCCGAGCAUAAGAACCCGGCCAUCUCAGCAAUGGUCGGACACUACUUAAGUAUUUUUUACUUUCUACAUAAAAGUAAAUUUUUUGGUAUUCGUAUUUUAUCAGUGUUUUUCUUUGGAAAACAUAAAUUCCAAAGCAUAUUAUCAUAAUUUUUACUCCACUUCAUUUAAUGAUUUCAAGUUUUUGGUUUAUAUUAGUACUUUUGUACUUUUACUCAAGAAAAGUAAAAGUACACAAUUUUUAUGUAAUUAGGUAUUAAAUCAAUUUUAAUAUGCAAUAUAAAAGAAAUACACAGUAUGAUUCUAUGCUUUAGAAUGUUGUAAACAUUUUUUAGUAAAGUAAAUUUUUUUUCCAAGACAAACACUCUGAUAAAGCACAGAUGCUUGGAAAAUUUACUUAAAAUACUCAAGUAGUGUCCACCUCUGGCAAUGGUACAGUAACCGUGGCAAGGGGACACGACAUCUUUGUUCCCUACUAAAGGAUCCUACCUUAGAUCCUCACGUGCAGAAUGUUUUUAUUAUUGUGUUUUUUUGUUUUAUUCCUAAUUAUUUAUUUACAUAAUCAUCAUAAUCAUUUUAUAAUCAUUAGUUAUCCAUAAAAUUGUUUAUUUGAUUAUUCAAUAUUAUUUUAUUAUUAUCCAUUUCAUUAAUAUCAUUUUUAUCAUUACAUUAUUGUUUAUUUAUAUUGUUUAUUCAUUUAUUCAUUCAUUUAUUCAUUAUAUUUCUAUAUUUUAUUCAUUUAUUCAUUAUAUUAAUAUGUUUCAUAUGUCUUAUUGAUUUCAUUGUUCAGUCUUAUAGUUGUCUCACAUUUGUGAAGUUUUGUGAGCUGUCCUGUCUCUCUGUAAACAGAGAUAGAUAAAGAGAAUGUUUAUGAAAGCUCAAGGUUUGUGGGAUGUUGCUAUUAAGCAUUUUGGUAUAACAGUGCAUGUUGAAUUCAUGCUGGUUAGACGAGUGUUGAACGAGGUUUGAACAUUGAGACAUAUGCAACUGAAGCUGUCCAUCAAUAAAACUCUGUUCUAUUUUAUCAUCCAAACCUGUGUCUCAUGUCCUCUGUUUGUGCUCUUCUCUAGCAAUGAUUGAUUAAACUCUUAACUGACAGAAGCCUGUUAAACAAGUACAUUUAUAUUUUCUGACGUAAUCUGGUGUCUGGGGCUGGGGCUAUGGAUAACUGAUCUAACACAUGUGAGAUCA